UCGGCGGGCGGCGCGAAGCGCGGAGCGGGAGCCGGAGCCGGAGCCGGAGCCGCUGCCGCCACCUGCGCUGCAGCCAACAAGAUGUCAUGGCACCCCCAGUACCGCAGCUCCAAGUUCCGACAUGUCUACGGCAAGCCCGCCAGCAAAGAGAACUGCUACGACUCUGUGCCCAUCACACGCAGCGUCCAUGACAACCACUUCUGUGCCGUCAACCCCCACUUCAUCGCUGUGGUCACUGAAUGUGCCGGCGGGGGAGCCUUCCUUGUCAUCCCCUUGCACCAGACGGGAAAGUUGGACCCUCACUACCCCAAGGUCUGUGGGCACAGAGGGAACGUCUUGGACAUCAAGUGGAAUCCUUUCAAUGACUUCGAGAUUGCCUCCUGUUCUGAAGAUGCUACUAUUAAGAUCUGGAAUAUCCCCAAGCAGUUGUUGACAAGGAACCUCACAACCUACAGGAAGGAGCUGAUAGGUCAUGCACGCAGGGUGGGGCUGGUGGAGUGGCACCCUACAACUGCCAACAUUCUCUUCAGUGCUGGUUAUGACUACAAGGUGAUGGUGUGGAACCUGGACACAAAGGACUCUGUAAUUUCUGGGCCGGUGAGGACAAUCAACUGUCACCAAGAUGUGAUCCUCUCCAUGUCAUUCAACACCAAUGGCAGCAUGUUGGCCACCACCUGUAAGGACCGCAAGAUUCGGAUUAUUGACCCCCGACUAGGGACUGUCUUCCAGGAAGCCAGCUACAAGGGGCACCGGGCCAACAAAGUACUAUUCCUGGGGAACCUCAAGAAGCUGCUAUCCACAGGUACCUCCCGCUGGAACAACCGGCAGAUGGCCCUGUGGGACCAGGACAACCUUUCUGUGCCCCUCACAGAGGAGGACCUGGACGGCUCCUCUGGUGUGCUGUUUCCCUUCUUUGACCCGGACACCAGCAUGCUCUACAUUGUGGGAAAGGGAGACGGGAACAUCCGCUACUAUGAGGUGAGCACUGAGAAACCUCACCUGACCUACCUGACUGAGUACCGCUCCUACAACCCACAGAAGGGGAUCGGUAUCAUGCCAAAGAGAGGUCUCGACGUGUCUUCCUGCGAGAUCUUCCGCUUCUACAAACUGAUCACAACCAAAAGCCUCAUCGAGCCAGUGUCCAUGAUUGUACCCCGGAGGUCAGAAUCCUACCAAGAGGACAUCUACCCGCCCACGGCAGCGGCCCAACCCUCCCUGACAGCUCAUGAGUGGCUCAGCGGAAUGAACAGAGGGCCCAUCAUGAUGUCCCUUAGACCCGGCUCCGAGCUGCUGGACUCUCAGACACUGCCUCCAGAGAGAACCCUCUCCAAUUCUAUGGUCCAAGUGUCACCUCAGCCCUUAGAACCCAUGACACAGCCAGCGGAAGAUGGUGACCAGGCGCCCUUCUCUCUACUGGAAGAGAAGGUACCAAAGUGGGCCACGGAGCAUCAGCUGGAGGAGAAGUCCUGGAUCACUAAUGGGUUUGAUGUUUUCGAAUGCCCCCCACCAAAAACAGAAAAUGAGCUGCUGCAGAUGUUCUACCGGCAACAGGAGGAGAUCCGGAGGCUCCGGGAGCUGUUAAUCCAGAGAGAGGUCCAGACCAGGCAGCUGGAACUGGAGAUCAAAAACCUUCGGAUGGUCUUAGAACAGUUCUGAGCAGAGGUCUCCUCCAUCCUUGCCCUCAGGGACACCGCUAGGCUCUGUGGAGAGGUCCAGAACCAAACCGCAGGUCCCCGAGAACAACCACUAUUUAUAUAUUUUAUACUGGGAAAAUAAAACUGUUGCUGAAAGAGAUCCCAGUGGGACAUGGUGCCGCUUUCCUGUCGCCUUCUCGAAGCUGCAGUUCCUGGCCUGGCUGGUUUAGAUUACACCCUGUCUUCUGCUGAAUUCUGGUUUUAAGGAUUGGUGAGGAGCUAUGACCUCCUAGAAGGGGGGAAACUUGAUAGAAAGAUCUGGAAGGACUGGGUAGGUCAACCUGCCUGUGGUUUGCAACUCUGGCCAUAGACUAGGAGGCAAUUUUGGUCAGUGGGCUCAUUCUAGACGAUACCCCCUGUCUCCGUCAGCUUGCUUUGGAAUAGAUACUUUAACUGCUAAAUUAUUUUUUAGAAGUUUGAAAACCACUGCUCUGGUAUUUUAUAGUGAGGAAACUGAGGCCCAGAGAGAGAGAGAAGAUCUGUUUCCUGGCAGGGCUGGACUGAGGUUCUGUCCAUCUGGGUCUGUCUGACAAUGCUGUUCUCAGUCCCCACAGUAAGACCCAUUGGUUCUGUCCGCAUCUGUAUCUGGACUUCCUGAUAACCUCUUAUUGAAUACCUCUCUCUCUGGUCUUGGUUUUUUCAUUUGAACAAGGGGAAGGCUCGAAUGAGCUGCCCACUCUAUGACUUUCCACCAAAGUCUUGAUUUUGACCAUGCCCUUUGACGCAAUGACCUGAGUUGAAUGCAGAAACUCACUCUGGUACAGAGACUCAGUCUGAGAGGAAUGCGUGAAGAUUUGGCCUGAUUCUAAACCACAGGCGGGUGGCCAAACUCAUCCUUCUAACCAGAAUCAUGGGUAGAUCUUUCCAUAGGUGGGGACACAGACCUCAGAGCUGAGUUCAUGUCUGUUGACUCCUGGAUAUCUAGACCCAGGGUAUCUAAAGUCCUCUAGGAAGUAGGGGGUCCAGCAUUGGAUGUGGCAAAGCCCUGUGGCCAGCCACAAGUAAGGGCUCUGGUUGACUGCACUGGGUAAAAAAAAAAUGGGUCCAGAUGGCACCUGGUCUCAAAGCCUGUGGCCCUUACUUGUGUAUCUUGUGCCCGGUUCUGAGGUUCUUUUCUUUCUUGGUGUACAGCAAGCCUAGCUGGUACCUGAGAACCAACUUGAGACAAGGCUUACCACAAGAAGUACUGCCUCCCCAUCCUCCCCUGGAUAGACAGUGUUUCCCCUGUCACACAGGGUCAUGCUGGAGCUCAAUUGAAAAUUACAGGGGCCAUCCAGGCUAACAGGUUUUGACAUACGUUGUCCAUUAACACCCCUCUGGAUGCAUACUGAUGACCAGAGCUGGCCGCUGAAGCUGACCCUGCAGUGGAUGGUGUCUCCCUCUGGACAAGCUGCCUAGGUGGCUUCUGUACAGUGGGGAUGGAGACACUUUUGGCUAGCAUCCUGCUCCUGUAUUGACAACGGAAGCAGUGCAAAGCCAGUUCCCACGGGACCUCAUCACUCACCAUAGCCGGUAUCUGCACACAGCAGAGUCCUGUGCUCCUUGGUUUAUUCUCCAUCCCUGUACUACACUAGGACUCUAUACCCAGUGAUGAGCUAUGUUUGCCUUUUUUUGUGCUCCUGAAUAAGAGGCUCCAGGCAAUGACAGGGACCUGGAGCUCCUAGGAUGGGGCUCUCUCUCCUUUGUGACCAGUAUGUCACUUUGUAAAGCUCCAACCCAAUGUUUAGAAAGCCGGAUGGUCAUGUAGUAAAGAAACCAGCCCAAAACCACUGGCUGCCACUUGCAUAUGGCUAGGGGUGGGGUCCAGGGAGCUUCCCAUCACAUUUCUGUACAUCACCAUCCCCUCAACAAAGCUAUCCCCACCGUAAGGGAACCAGCCCUCACAUUCAGGAACAGGUCACAGGGCGGCUACGAACAAAUUUAUUUGUUGUUUCUUGUUUUGUUGGGUUUUUUUUUACAUUUAGAAUAAAUUAUUUAAAUUAUUUCAUAGCAAGGGAGAGGGAUAGGUAAUUUUUGUCAGAUAUUUUUUUAACUCUCUCUUUUUUUUAAGAUUAUGUUUUUACGUCCUUGAGCUAAUGGAGCAACACUGUCUAUUAAGACAGCGUUCACCCGAGCAGCAGAGAAGCCCUCAUCUCCUCACUUCAUGCCUUGGGAGCUCCCUUUCUGCUGACUCAGGAACUUUGUGUAGAUGAGGGAGAGUGCUUGGAGAUGAGCUUGUACUCACCUUAACUCUACAAUAAUUCUGCUUCCUGGAACAAAACUUGAGGUGGUGUCCCAGGGGAAACAGGAAUCGACCUACGCUUUUCAUAUGAAACCGUGCCUGAAGCCGUUUGAGUGAUUGUUUAAUGUUUCUUAAAUUCCUUGUACCUUUGUAAAAUAAUAAUAAUAAAAGUUAAAAUACAGAAUCGUGCAAUGUAAGAAUAUGACAAUCAACCGUGGGUGGUAAUUCCCACCUGUAAUACCAGCCCUUGGAAGGCUGAGGCAGGAUUGAGAAUUUCAGACUAGCCUGGGCAAAGAGUCUGAGCCUGCCUCAACCAAAAUAAUAAAACACCAGAUUCGAUAUUGCAA